GAGAUGAGCGUCUUUCAGGCGACGCUGCCAGUGUGACGUAUAAUCUAGUGGACGGGAUGUUUCUUCAACAACAACAGCUGGUCAGACACCUCGGUAGCUUUCAAGACAAAAUAGUCGUUGUUUAGUUGCACCUGUGUUUUAAAAAUACGUAUGUCUUGUUGCUAGCUAGUUUCCCCAUUUAAUUUCAUAGAUACGUGGUUAGGUAGCUGGCUUGAUAAAUGAGCUUAUCAAUAGGCUAACGAACGCUAGCUAGCUAACAUCUCCGACCAUGAGUUCACUAAGCUACUCUCCUCCUGAUAAAGAAGAGGACGUCUCCUGUUCGGAGAAAGAAGCUCUGGUGAAAGAGGAGGAGGAAGAGAAAGAUGUUACAAUACAAAAACAAGUAGAGGGUGAGUCUGUUACCAUGAAAGAAGAAGAGAAAGGCGUUUCAGUGAAAGAAGAGGAAGACGCGUUCAGAGUGAAAGAGGAGGAAGAUGUUACAGUAAAAGAAGAGGAGGAAGAGAGAGAGGAGGAUGCAGUUUUUGGAGUGAAAGAGGAGGAUGAGAUGACUGUCACAUUGAAAGAGGAGGAGACAGGAGAUCUGAUUAAGACCCGAGAGAGACCAGACUCUCCCUCUAACAGCGGGAAGAGUCCUUCAGGGGAACCAGACCCAGAGACGCCCAAACCAGCCAAACGACAUCACUGCUCGCACUGCGGAAAGGGUUUUACUAAGUUACGAAACCUAAAAGAGCAUGAGAGGACACACACAGGAGAAAAGCCUUUCCAAUGCUCCCAGUGUGGAAACAGUUUUAGUCAGUUAGGAAGCCUGAAAAUACACAAGAGAAUACACUCUGGAGAGAAGCCUUAUCACUGCUCCCAUUGUGGAUUGACUUUUACCUGGUUAGGGAGCCUGAAGUCACAUGAGAGAAUACACACAGGAGAAAAGCACUACCACUGUUCCCACUGUGGAAAGAGUUUUAGGUGGUUAGAAGGCCUGACAAAGCAUGAGAGGACACACACAGGAGAAAAGCCCUACCACUGUUCCCACUGUGGAAAGAGUUUUACUCAGUUGGGGAACCUGAAAUCACAUCAGAGGAUACAUACACAGGAGGAGAAGACAUACCACUGCUCUAAUUGUGGAAAGACAUUUUCCCAGGCAGAGGACCUGAAAUCACAUGAGAGAAUAGAGAGCCUGUGUUCUGACUUGUGUUUUUGAUUGAGAAUUUGUGUUUUUGUUUAUGCCAAAUUAAAUCAUAUUGUUUAUAUGAAAUCAUUAAAAAAAAGAGUUUUA